AUGGCCCUAGACCUCAGUGGCCCAAGACCUCAGAGACCCAAGACCUCAGGGCCCAAUAACCUCAGGACCCAAGACCUCAGGGCCCCAAGACUCAGGGCCCAAAGACCUCAAGUUCCCAAUGAGACCAAGGCCCAAGACCUCAGUGCCCAAACCUCAGGGCCCAAGACCUCAGGCCCAAGACCAUCAGGGCCCAAGCCCUCUAGAGCGACACAAGUAACUAACGGGGGGGGGUCGGGGGGUGAAGGGGGGGGGGGGGGUGGGGGGGGGGGGGUGGGGGGGGGGGUGGGGGGGGGGGGUGGGGGGGGGGGGGGGGGGGGGGGGGGGGGGGGUUGA